CACCCCUGUUAACGCUAAUGUUCCCUGGCGAAUGUUUGCGGAAGUGGAAGCUUGAACAAAUAACAGUUCAAUUAAUAAUCUCUGUUGUAUGCGAGAUACACUCAACUUUUUCAAUGAUCUCGUUAUUUGCGUCGUUGGUUUACAAUGAAUGUGUCAAAAAUCAGCAACACACAUUGACGAGUAUUUAGUUAUUUGUUCUGCCCUCCCAAAACAACUGGAAACGCGUGAGCUGUCCUACUACGUCGUCGUCAGCUGAGACAGGCGACAUGGCGACUUCAGCGGGCUUCAAGGUUCUAUAUGAGCAUGAUGGAGUUUUUAUACACACCAACCCAGAAAGGAGUGAGGAGCAGGAUUCUCUGACUUCAGGAUCCCUGCGUGUCCUAGACCAGGAUGGAGACAUAGUGCUGGAAUAUAAACCCGUGGAAGAUGUUGACCACUCUGCCAUGCUGUGUGCUGCCAAGGAGUCUAGCUCUGUGUUUGAAUGGGGCCAGCGGCACCAGGGUCCGAGCCAAGACCCAGGAGACCAGCCUACCAGGCAGGUGGAGCACCAGCUGAGCUGUGAGACAGAAUGGGACAUGGUUCACACUGUUCAGUUCAGGAAGAAACCCAGCAACCAUGAAGGUGCUCCUCCUCAACCCGCUCCCAUCCCAGAGAAGAGUAAGGGUUCCCGGCUGUUCUUCCGUCUCAGUGACCUGGCCUCGGUCAGGGUGAAGGAGGAGGGCUGGUCCUACCUGGUGUUCACCCUCAGAGACCGCAACAUGGGGGUUGAGCUGCCUGCCCUACACUUUCACCAGGGAGGUAGUGAAGUCUUCCUGGACUGUCUCAGGAAAUACAUGCUGCUGACAGAGUCUACCACAGAUGCCUCCCUCCUCCAGGUCAGCCCCCACAGCAGAGCUCUGUCCCAGUCCUUUGAGAACCUGCUGGAUGAUGCCACCUUCGGACUUAUUACGAAGUUUUCUCAGGACCCAGUCACCACUACGCUGGGUGGUUUCUCCAAGGUGACCAACUACCUGUUUGAUGCGUUCCGGAGUCCAGACACGGUGCUACUGAAGCAGAGGCCUGUCGGGGAGGUGGCUGACCUGCUGAAUGAGGCCAUACCUGGUCUGGACAUCAACCAGCUGGAGGAACCAGGCUUUGAGGUUAUCACCAGGAUUGAUCUUGGCGUGCUGCCAGUGGUCCGGCGUAGGGAGCCUGUUGGGGCGGAGGAGUGGAACACCAACAUGGACCCUGAGGGACGCAUGAGGAACAUCUCACACCUCAAACAGACCAUAUUCAAAGGGGGUCUGUGUCAUGUGGUUAGGAAGGAGGGAUGGAAGUUUCUGCUUGGCUACUUCCCCUGGGAGAGCACCCUGGAGGAGAGGAGGAGUUGA